AUGGUUUUCCCUUGGUGUGGCGGCUCCACGCUCCACGCUCCGUGGGCGGCGGAAGUGUGGACAGUGACAGAUGUGGGCCGCGUCACGCCGCCUCACUCGCCGGCUUACUGCCGCCCCCCCGCCCCGUCCCGCGCCACGCGUCGUCGUGACAGCCAACUAGCCGGUCUUUUUAUCACAACCCAGCAGGAUGGGGGAGAAUUUGCCAUUGAUUCCCGAGAAGGGGUGAGUAUGAGGUGCGAGGGAGCCGUCCCGCUGGGGGUAUGCAGUGUGAGUAUGUGUGCGUGGUGCAGGUCGCUGUGCGCGGACGUGCGGCCCAUCAUCCUCAGCGUGUUCCGCGAGCUGGACUACCUGCCGCCGCUCACCACGGAGCUGCCCGCGCCGCUCGCCUGCGCAUACCUCGAGCAGGCGCCGGGCGCGCAGCCCGACCGCUGGAUGGAGAAGUACAAGGUGCAGAGCGAGGAGAUGCGGCGGCGCGAGGGCGAGCUGAAGCAGGAGCAGGCGCGGCGCGUGGCGCGCGGCGCGGCCCGCAACCUGUACCGGCUGCGCGCGCCGCGCCCUCUGCCGCCGCCGCCCGGCUGGCGCCUCGCCGCCGCGCUGCUCGCCCGCCGGGACCUCGUGCCCGACCUGCACCAGGACGCCGCGCGUGAGCACAGCUUAUGGAUAAAGAACAUCCUGAACCACAGCUCGUGCGAGGCGAGCUCGGCCGGCGAGUCGCUAUGCUCGCUGCCGCCGCCGCAGCAGCGCCUGCCGACCUGGCGCGACGGAGACCCCAGCCUGCAGACGCUCAGUAUAGGGCCGGUGGAGCCGCGCGCCCCUCCGCUCGCGCCCCCGCCCCCGCCGGCGCCCCCGCAGCAGGACUACAUCAUCUGCGUGCCGCCAGAACUCAACUUUAUUAACUUUUCCGUGGGACAGCUUCACACGCAACGCAUCCGGGUGGUGAACGUGUCGAAGCUGGAGGUGCGGCUGUCGCUGCGUCCGCCGGCGCGCGCCGAGCUGCGCGUGUCGCUGCCGGCGCCGCGCGGCCUCACGCUGACGGCCGGCGCCGCCGCCGACCUGCUCGUGCACUUCCGGCCCACCGACGUGCGCGCCCUGCACGACGCGCUGCUCGUGCGCGUGUCGGCGGGCCGGCCCUUCCUCGUGCCCAUCGCCUGCUACAUGCAGCCGCCCGUGCUCGACAUCCUGGUGCCGAGCGUGUCGUCGUCCGUGCUGAGCUGCUCCCCGGCGGAGGCGGGCGAGUGCCGCGCGCGCGCCGCCGGCGACGUGCUGGAGCUGGGCUCGCGGCUGCUGGGCGACGUGCACUGCGCGCGCCUGCUGCUGCACUGCCUCGCCGAGCACGCGUCCUUCUUCUUGCUGACGGAGGAGUCCUGGCUAUCGUACAGUCUCGAUUGCGUGUCGGCGCGCGGCGCGGUGGUGGCGGGCCCGUUCGUGGUGUGGCCGGCGUGGUGGCGCGGGGGGGGCGGCGCGCGGGGCGGGGCGUGGUGCUGCGCGCGCGCCGCGGGGCUGCACUGCGCCGCGCUGCGCGUGCUCUCCUCCACGGCCACGGCGCGCCCGCUGCACGUGCUCGCAGACUCCCUGCUCUACGCGCCCGACCAUAUCACCAUCCUAGCGCAGGAGAAGGACUACGACAUCUGCUCGGACGGGGAGAUGUCGUGCGAGUACUACGUGCAGCUCGGCACCGCGUUCCCGCACCGCUCGCUCGCCGCCGCCCUGCAGCUCGUCAACCGCAGUCCAGUUGCGUACUCGUACUACUGGAGCGUCCGUCCGUGGGGCCUGUGCUCCUGCUGGGAGGAGGAGGAACAGUCCGCCGGCUCACUGCGGUCCGGGGACUGCAGCGAACGACUCUGCCCCGGGGCCAAGGAGUCACGCGCCAACGCUGACGGUGAGCCCGAGCGCGCGCAGAGAGCGGAGGCGGCGCGGCUGGUGCGCGUGCAGGCGGCGGGGGGGGAGCUGCUGCCGCGCUCGUCGUGCAGCGCGCACGUGCACGUGCCCGACGUGGGCGCGCGCCUCGGCGUGCAGCGCGCCGUGCUCAUGUUGAUACUGAAGGAUAUCCCGAAGCAGGCGUUGCCUCCAGAUUACGAUGCUAUGAUCGUGAGCGUGAGGGAGGAGACAACGGAGGCAAUACCGGGAUUCGAGAGCGAGACGCGCGAGGUGUGCGAGCUGGUGUGUGGCCAGGUGGAGGUGUGGUGGGAGGUGGCGCCCGUGCGGUUCGUGCUGGACCCGCCCGUGCUGAACCUGCCGCAUUCCCGGAGGCUGAACUCGGUGAUGGUAAACAUCCACGCGACUCAGCUGUUUGGGUCCGAGGGCGCGGCCGUGUCGUGGAAGGUGCCAGAGGCGGUGCUGCCCCCCGAGCCCCUCACCCUGGCACCCGCGCAGACCUGCUCGACGUCGCUGCGGUACCCACUGGCCAGUCUGCCCAAUGAGCUCCCAGACUCUAAUGUCAUUACACUGGCUGCGGGGGAGGAGUGGCAGUCGCAGUGCAGGAUAACGCGGCACUGCGCGACGCGGCACCCCGCGCUGCGGCCGGCGCGCGCCUGGCUCGGCGUCGUCGCGCCCGGCACACGCAUGCAGACCGACUUCCAAAUCUGGAACGACACGCAUCAACACGUACAGCCUUCUGUUACUAUUAUUCUAUCCAUUCAAACUUCUAAAGGUCCAGGUCCUCCCCACGGGACGGGGAGGUACGAGCACUAUGAAGAUGCACCCAAAGACAGACCCCGGUUGGUAUAG